UGUGCUCAAAUUCAUGGUGAUGAGACAGAAUGGAUUGAUUUGAAAACUGCAAAGGAGGCCUAUCCAAUUCAGGUGGCCAAAUAUGCUGUUGCUAACAAACUUGUAUCUGAGCCUGCUUUCUCUUGGUGGGUUCCUUAUACUUUGAAGAAGUGUGAUAGAAUUCUAAAGGCUGUGAAAAGAAGAGCCUUAACUCGCAAGACUGAGAAAUUUGGUUUAGAAUUGCCUGGUUCUGGUCCAAAGGGCGUAAGAUGUGCCUACAAGAUUGACGCCAACACUGGUAGCAAUCAUUGGGGAAAUGCUGUUGAAAAGGAAGUAAAGACUGUGUUGCCUGCCUUAAGAAUCUUGGGACCAAAUGAACCUGUUCCCCCUGCAUAUACUUGUAUUGACUUGAUAACUGUCUUUGAUGUUAAGAUGGACCUCACACAAAAGGCCCGGAUAUGUGCUCAAGGGGACCAAACUGAUCCUCCUCUUUUGGUAGCGUAUGCCAGUGUUGUCACUUGUGAGAGUAUUUGUAUUGGAUUCUUGCUUGCUUCGUUAAAUGGUUUGGAUAUCUUGUCUGCUGACAUUGCUGGAGCUUAUUUGAACGCGCCUUGUGCUGAGAAGAUUUACACAGUACUUGGACCCGAGUUCGGAGACCUUGAGGGUCGCAUUGCUGUUGUGGAGAAAGCACUCUAUGGAUUAAAAUUAUCCGGGUUCUCAUGGAGAUCUACGCUUUCUAAGACUCUGAGAGAAGAAAUGGAGUUUGAACAGUGUUGUGGUGAUAUGGAUGUUUGGAGAAAACCCGCCUUGAAGUCAAACGGCAAAAAAUAUUACGAAUAUAUAUUCGUUUACACCGAUGACCUUAUGGCUGUUUCUGAAAAUCCUCGUGCUAUAUUGGAGAAGCUUGGAACACAUUACAUGCUCAAGUCUGAUUCAAUUGCAGAGCCUACAACAUUCCUUGGUGCAACAAUUUCAAAACGUUUUGUUGACCCAAGUGAUUCUCGAAAAUGCUGGUCGAUUGGUUUGACUAACUAUUUGCUUGAAGCGUUACGUGUCGUUAAGUCUCGAAUCUCACAUCAAAAAUACAACUUGAAUUUGAAAAGAAACGUGUCUGCUGCCUUACCUUCUGGUUAUAAGCCUGAGCUUGACAACACUGAUUUUGUUGACGCAGAGACACACACACUGUAUAUGCAACUGAUUGGAAUCUUACGGUGGUUAGUUGAGCUUGGAAGAAUGGACGUUUGUGCUGAAGUCUCAAUGAUGUCUUCGUACAAUGCCAUGCCUCGUGUUGGACACUUUCAUGCGGUAUUACACCUUUUUGGUUAUCUUGAAACACAUCCAAGUCGCGAGAUUGUCAUGGAUUCCGCAUAUAUGGCUCUGACCGACAUACCAAAAUCUGAAUGGCAUGAAUUCUAUCCAUGGGCAAAAGAAGUACUGCCUCCUGAUAUGCCAGAAGCCCUUGGACGAGCGGUAAAGAUUGUGAUGUUUGUUGAUGCCUCACAUGCUUCCAAUCUUGUUACAUGUCAAUCCAGAACAGGUGUUCUUAUCCUCUUAAAUCAUGCACCGAUCGUUUGGUAUUCGAAGAAGCAGAAUGCUGUUGAAACAAGUUCUUUUGGAAGUGAAUUUGCUGCAUUGAAGACUGGUGUUGAAUUGGUUGAAGGUCUAGUAUACAAAUUGCAAAUGAUGGGCGUACCAAUUGAUGGCCAUUGCCAUACUCUUGUUGAUAACAACUCUGUUGUGAUGAACGCAAGUCGCCCGGAAUCUGUCUUGAAAAAGAAAAGCAAUUCUGUUGCUUAUCAUUAUGUUCGUUCAAAAUGUGCAAGUGAUCUUAUUUGGGUUGCUUGGGAAGGAACCAAAACAAAUCUUGCCGAUACGUUGACAAAGAUUCAUACUGGUAGAGAACGUGCUCGUCUGAUGGGAUUUAUUAUGUAUGAAGAAGACAAAAUUCCGAGAGUGGUACAAUCUGCGAUCUGA